AUGGCCAGGCAAAGGCCCUCCAACACCCGUCAGGACCCCCUCGAGGAUUAUUCCGUCUCCACCGCUGGAGCUUCUGCCGCCUCUUCAGCUCUGAGAACCACUCGCUCCUCGGCGAGACUUGCUACAGACCCUCCUCCUCCACCCGCUGACAUCGUUGCUACUUCGAAUUCCGCCGCUGGUUCGGCUUCCCGCAAACGCAAGACCUCGAUACGCAGAGACCGACACUCGGACACCCCGAACCAACCAACGGCCCCGUCCCCUCCCCGUCGAUCGAAACGACAACGGACUGCAGCUCCCAGUGCAGCUCCAUCUACUGGCCCUGCUGCUGGUCCUCGCCGCGCUCCCCGAGGCCGUCAAAUCAUGUCACAACCAGGACCAUCUUCUCGACCGUCGGAGGAAUCGAAGUCCACGACAUCUCCGCCCGACGCCCGGCGGAGAUCCAGCCGCAAUGAUCGACUUGCCACGACACAAUCUCCGCCCCCACGACGCCAACAGAAGAAACGUCAGGCAAAGACAAGUUCUGAUGUUCUAACACGGGACACGGAGGAGGAUCUGGAAGAGCACGAGGAAAAGGAAGAAAGAGACGAGUCACCAGAACGUGAUAGCAAUGACGGUACAAACCACUCGGCCUUUGACGAUGAAGAUCUGGAUCCGUUCAGUAGCAGUCUUUUUGGAGGUCGGGGACCAAUGGGUCUGCAAAGUACAUUGCGUGCUCUCAGUGGAAUGAUGUCUGGCAUGUCCUCGCGACUCCGAGAUAUCCUCAGUAACCUGAGAGCAAAGGAUUCUCCGUCGCUCCAAUUAAUUGCUCUACAGGAGCUGUCGGAUCUUUUACUUGUCUCCAACGAAGACAACCUAUCAGGACAAUUCUCUCCUGAUCCAUACGUCAAGGAGCUGGUUACGUUAAUGCAACCGAAUCAGUUCGGCGAGGAAAACCCUGAAAUAAUGUUACUUGCGUGCCGUUGUCUUGCAAAUUUGAUGGAAGCCCUCAGGGGCUCCGUGGCCAAUGUUGUAUAUGGUGGCGCCGUGCCGAUUCUGUGCCAGAAGCUACUGGAUAUCCAGUUCAUCGAUCUUGCUGAGCAAGCUUUAAGUACACUGGCAAAAAUCUCAGUGGACUUCCCUGCCUCGAUCGUGCGUGAAGGUGGCUUGACGGCAUGCUUAACCUACCUGGAAUUCUUUCCAACAAGCACACAACGAACUGCCGUUACUACUGCUGCCAACUGCUGCCGCAACCUGCCUCAUGAUUCAUUCCCCGUCGUACGGGAUGUCAUGCCCACUUUGCUGAACGUCCUGUCUAGCAAUGACCCUAAGGUGGUGGAACAGGGCUGCCUAUGUGUUUCCCGUAUCGUUGAGAGUUACAAGUACCGAUCCGAGAAUCUCGAAGAGCUGAUCGAGCCGGCAAUGCUCAAGGCUGUUCUCCGGCUUUUGCUCCCGGGUACCACAAACUUGAUCGGCCCACACAUUCAUACCCAGUUCCUUCGAGUACUUGCAAUUACGGCAAAGGCUAGUCCACGCUUGUCAAUCGAGUUGCUCAAAAUGGAUGUUGUAGAUACGCUAUAUCAGAUCUUGACGGGAGUCUCGCCCCCCGAAGACACCGACAACACGGCUGUCAAGAUGGAUAGCGUCUUGGUUAUGCAAGCCUUGAUACAUCGCCCCCGCGAACAAGUUUUUGAAACCCUCAAUGUCAUUUGUGAACUCCUACCAGGUGUUCCGAGUCGCGAGGCCUCCCGAACAGACAGCAUCCUCAGUUCUUACUUUGAUAGCAAUAUGUCAAUUGGCCUGAAAUCGUCCAAAUCCAAGGAGUCGGCCGAUGAGCGACGUGCAUUACUGGAUGACUGCAAGUCGGAGCUCAAGCGGUUUGCCACCAUCCUCUUUCCGACAUUGACCGAUGCCUUCUCGAGCACGGUCAACCUCCAUGUUCGCCAAAAGGUCCUCAUCGCGCAACUGAAAAUGCUGCACAUUCUGGAGCCCACCUUGAUCGAGGAUGCCUUGCGCACCGUUCCAUAUGCUUCCUUCCUGGCAUCCAUUCUCUCCCAAAAGGACCACCCCUCUCUCGUUUCUCUCGCUCUUCGUUGCUCGGAACUUUUGUUUGAGCGACUCGAGCACGUCUACCAGCAUCAAUUCCAUCGUGAAGGUGUGAUCUCGGAAAUAGCCGAAGAGGCCAAGAAAAAGGCUGCCGCAAACUCGACCGACGUUGACAUGGAUGCCGACAAUGCCGGCGGGAGUGGCAGCAAGAAAGACGACGAUUCCGAGGACGAUGGCGAUGAUUACGAUGACGACGCUGAAGAUGACAACGAAGAAGACUCGGAUUCAGAGGACUCCUCAGUCUCUGGCCGGCAGUCGCUGGCUAAGGUUGAAAAUGCUCUUCAUGACCUUGUCAUCCAUGACGCGAUCGCGUUUUUGAAAGUUUACGAAGAAGGCCAGGGUGCCAAAUCCUACGCUACCCAGGGCGAUGAUGGCCUUGUGCUCUUUAAACGUCUAGCGACUUACUUUGACGGGGAUGCGCUAGAAAAUAUCACCAGCUCAGAGCUUCUAAAUUCCGGCAUCAUCGAUGUUUUCCUGGAGGUUCUUGGCGAUUCAAAAGCUCCUAACAUUCGCAUCGCGCGAUCUGCCUUCUUGCAAGCUUUCAUGGGGUCCACGAUUUCUGAGAAGGCCCAAAGCCAGAGCACGGCCGUUACUCCUUUCAGCGUUUUGAUUCGAAAGCUCCAGGAUUUGCUAAGCCGAACGGAGCAUUUCGAGGUUCUUACUGUCAGUCACAACUCGCUCGAGAAUACCCGCAGCAAUGCUACGUACAUGCUCGGCAAGCAGCUUCGACUUAAGCUGGUCGCAGAAGAGGGAUCUGGUGUACCUCGCCACUACCGAAAUAUCAUGGUCUCCAUUCAUGCCAUAGCUACAUUCAAGUCCCUCGAUGACUUCCUCCAGCCAAAGAUUGCCAUGUCGGAACGUCCUCGUCACUCUCGCCGUGACACUCUCCUAUCCCAGAUCUCUCAAGCUGCGCGUCUUCGGGAUCAACUGACCGCUCCGCAAUCCGGUAGUCCACUGGCACGCACCGGAGGCCAAGCCAAUAUCAACGAGUCUGCCGACGAAGACCAGGAACGGACAACUUCGGGUGAUCAUCGCCGCCACAUGCAUUUCCAAGAGGAAGAUGAUGAGCAUGGCGACGAACCACUAGAAUGCGCUGAUGAGAGGCAACUGAGCGACGAAGACGAGGAUGUUGACGAUGGGGAUGAAGACGAGGAGCUCAAUGCUAUAGUUGAUGACCUAGAGGAUGAUCUUGAGGAUGACAAUGUCCACGACCCCACCGCCGUUAACAUGGAAGUUGGAUCUUCUGGCAAAGUCACCGCACGGAAAGAAGAUGGUACACGAAUAGGCACACCGUCUCAGUCUACGCCGGCAUCGAAGCCUUCCUCGUCGCUACCAAGUACAGCAUCGUCGAACACCACACGUCAUCAACCUCUGUCAACCGCCGGGCGCCCGUUCCAAUCGUAUGCCGCUGCCAUGGCAUCAAUACCACAAGACUGGCACCUCGAGUUCUGCGUGGAUGGAAAAUCCGUUCCUAGCGAUACUACCGUAUAUCGUGCUGUUCAUCACAACCGUGAGCAUAUAGAGGAGUCCCACGCAAAGAAUGUUUGGACUGCAAUCCACACGGUUACGUUCAAACGUGUUCCAGGACCUCCGCCAGCGGAGCCAUCAACACUUGCCACUGCUGGACAGGAGGAAUCUUCCUCAUGCGACAGCCUUGAAAUUCCGGCUUCUCUGAAUAAGGAUGCUACCACCGCCUCCAUUCUUCGAUUCCUUCGGGUCUUGCACGAAAUGAACGCAACAAUCGAUGAUAUUUUGACAGAGACUAGGGAUCCUGUCAACGUCAUCCCCGAGCCACUGGCUCAAUUUAUUAACACCAAGCUCACUGCCAAGGUGAACCGACAACUCGAGGAGCCAUUGAUUGUGGCUAGUAGCUGUCUGCCAAGCUGGAGCGAAGACUUAGCUCGACUGUUCUCUUUCUUAUUCCCAUUUGAGACCAGACAUCUCUUCCUUCAGUCGACUGCGUUCGGAUAUUCUCGCGCCAUGAUGAGAUGGCACAACUCCCAGAGCACCGAAGAUAGUCGACGAGACAUGCGUCGUGAUAACCAACCAUUCCUCGGUCGCUUGCAACGUCAAAAGGUUCGAAUCUCCCGGGCUCGUAUUUUGGAUUCAGCUAUGAAGGUCAUGGAGCUAUACGGUUCCUCCCCGAGUGUUCUUGAGGUUGAGUAUUUCGAAGAGGUCGGAACUGGAUUGGGACCUACACUCGAGUUUUACUCAACCGUCUCCAAGGAGUUCUCGAAGAAGAAGCUCAAGAUUUGGCGUGAAACCGAUGGUCACUCCGCCAUUCCCGAAUAUGCCUUUGGCAAGCGCGGUCUAUUCCCAUGCCCGAUGAGUGAAGAGCAAGCAUCUCAAGACUCUGGCAAGAAGCAAUUGAACAUAUUCAAGAUUCUUGGCAAAUUCGUUGCACGUUCCAUGCUCGACUCUCGAAUCAUUGAUAUAUCUUUCAACCCAGCUUUCUUCCGUAUUGCCGAUACUCUGUCCUCUGUUGCCCCGUCACUGGGAACUGUGAAGGCAGUGGAUGAAGAUCUAGCCAAGUCCUUGAUCAUGCUCAAGCAAUUUGUCAAAGCGAAGAAGAGAAUCCAAAAGAACAAGAGCUUCACGGAACAAGAGAAGACUGAUGCAAUUCAAAACAUUCAAGUCGACGGUGUUCGUGUCGAUGACUUGAGCCUGGACUUCACCUUGCCCGGUUAUCCGUCAAUCGAGCUUGUUCUCAAUGGCGGUGAUGUUUCGCUAAAUAUUGACAAUGUUGAUCAAUACAUCGAGCGAGUUAUUGAUAUGACCUUGGGUAGUGGUGUCAGACGCCAGGUGGACGCUUUCCGAUCCGGAUUCUCGCUCGUCUUCCCCUACACCUCGCUUCGAGCCUUCACCCCCACUGAACUCGUCAUGCUCUUUGGCCAGGCCGAGGAAGACUGGUCCAUUGAGACGCUCAUGGACUCCAUCAAAGCCGAUCAUGGAUUCAACAUGGACAGCAAGAGCGUGCGAAAUUUGCUUCAGACAAUGAGUGAACUAGACAAACAGCAGCGUCGCGAUUUCCUUCAGUUUGUUACGGGAAGCCCGAAGCUUCCAAUUGGCGCCUUAUCUAACGUCAUUUAUCAGGUUUCAAAAGUCUCACCCCCAUCUUCACUGUGGUGUGCCGCCCCAGUGAACCCCCCCUAUACUCCGGACGAUUACCUCCCUAGCGUCAUGACAUGCGUGAACUACCUCAAGCUGCCAGACUAUAGCAGUUUGGAUGUCCUUGGUGCACGACUAUCCGUCGCCAUAAAAGAGGGACAAGGAGCAUUUCAUCUGUCCUAG